UAACGGCGUGAAUUAGAGAAGCGCAUAACCACCAAAGCCGCGAAGCUUCUCGAAUAUUUAAAGGAGUUUCUGGCAUUGCAGCUGAACCAUACGGUUAUUCGGAGAAGAGGAGAGCUUUUGGUUUAGCGUUUCAAAUCCAGCAACCCUUAUCCUGUAAGUGCCAAUGAGGGGUAGAAGCUACGGUUACAGCCGUUCACCCCCGAGGGGUUAUAGCAGAAGGCGUCGUAGUCCAGGCCCUAGGACUCGCUAUAGAAGUCGUGGUAGAGAUCUUCCUACAAGUCUGUUGGUUCGCAAUCUUCGCCAUGACUGCAGGCCUGAAGAUUUACGUGGGCCGUUUGGGCAAUUUGGCCCUCUUAAGGACAUUUACUUGCCCAGGGAUUAUUAUACUGGGGAGCCUCGUGGCUUUGGAUUUGUUCAGUAUGUAGAGCCAGCUGAUGCUGAAGAUGCCAAAUAUCAUAUGGAUGGGCAAAUUCUACUUGGUCGUGAAUUGACAGUUGUCUUUGCUGAAGAGAACAGAAAGAAACCCUCUGAAAUGAGGGCAAGAGAGCGAUCCAGGGGUCACUCCUAUGAUCGUAGGCAGUCGUACUCUCGCAGUCCAGACUACUAUUCACCUUCACCUCCACGAAGGCGUUACUCAAGGUCGAUUUCUCCUAGGGGGAGAAGGUACAGGGAUCGAUCAUACUCAAGGUCACCUUAUGGUUAUGGUUCAAGGAGUCGUAGCCCAAGCUACAGUAGGAGCCGGAGCCGAAGCAUGGACUACUAAUAAUAUAAUAAGUGGAUGUGAGAUUGUGCUGUUAGGAGGUGGUAUCUUGUGAUAGAAAUUCUCUUGAUGCACUAUUUGGAGUUCUUUAGAAAUGAUGGCUUAUUAAUGUUGGAAAUUCUACUGAUUGAACCUGAUAUAGGGCUUCUUACAAUUAUUGUCUAUUACAAUGAUUGUCUUCUCCAUUUGAACCUUCAGUUCAUUUUUAUUCAUGGAACCUUACAAUGAUUGCUGUUU